UGCGAGGGUAAAAGGCCCCAACUCACGCAUGGCUCUCAUGUAGGGCGGCAAGGCAUUCCAUAAGGCAGGGGCACAAAUAGAAAAAGCUCUGUGUCUGGUCCUUUCCAAGUGCACUUCUCUAGGACAUCAGCACUUUUAAUCUUGUACCCAUUACUCUGGCCUGGCCUAGUUUUAUUGUGUUUUAGCGUGUUGUUUAUACUGUUUUAAUUGUUUUUAAUUUGCCUUUUGUUUUGUAUUGUUAUAUUGUGUGUUGAGGCCUUGGCCUUUGUAAGCCGCAUCGAGUCCUUCGGGAGAUGCUAGCGGGGUACAAAUAAAGUUUAAUAAUAAUAAUAAUAAUAAUACAUAAAUAAAGUGCCAAAGCCCCCCCAUAGCCAACCCUGAAACCUGAGGCUUCUUCUUUCUUCCCCAAUCCCCUUCCUCUUCCUUUCCCACACAGAAGUCAUUUACACAGUCCUAAUCUACUAAUCAGAACUCUCUUUGUUCUCCUUUUUCUUUGUGUGGAAACAUCUUUUCCUUUGCAAAGCGUAAUCAAAACUUAAGGGGGGAAAACAGGUCCCAGGCAGGCAGGCAGGCAGGUGAGAGGGUUGUCUGGGGAAAGCCAUUGGCCCUCUGCCUGCCUCUCUCUCCCCCGAAGGACCCACUGAUGGAGGAUUUGAUGACCCCCAAUCCCAGGUUAGUGCAGGCCUGGGCCAACUUCUUCCCUCCCUCCAGGUGUUUUGAGCUUCAGUCCCUCGUUGGCCCUUGUGAGAAAAUCUGGGAAUAAGACUCACCAGAAGGAGAGGAAGGAGGAGGAGACAGGCUCCUUUCCAGGCCGGGCAAGGAAGGGUUAAGGAGAGAGAGUUUGGUUCCUAGAGCGACAGGAAAGGCAGGUCUAAGGAGGCCCACUUCCUUCCUUCCUCUCUGGGAACCCAACUCUCUCCCCUUAACCCUUCCUUGCCCAGCUGGGAGAAGAGAGUUUGCUCCUUUGGCCUCUCCUUCCUCCUCUUCUUCCUCACAGUGGUUCCAAAAUGGAGAGACCCAACUCACCUGGACUUGAAGGCAACGGGGAAAUCUGGGAAAUAACUACGCAGAUGUUCCCGAAUACGCACAUGCAGCGCCAGUGCUUCAGGCAGCUCUCCUACCACGAGGGUGAGGGGCCCAGAGAGACUUGCAGCCGCCUCCACGAUCUCUGCCGCCAGUGGCUGAAGCCAGAGCAACACACCAAGGCUGAGAUGCUGGACCUGGUGAUCCUGGAGCAGUUCCUGAGCCUCCUGCCCCCAGAGAUGGGGAGCUGGGUCCGAGAGUGUGGGGCAGAGACCUCUUCCCAGGCGGUGGCCCUGGCGGAAGGCUUCCUCCUGAGUCGGGCAGAGGACAAGAGGCAGGAAGGACAGGCCCAAAAUAACUGCCCAGAAGUCCAGUCUAAUGCCCCUGCAUCAGAGAAAUCUCCAUCAAACACCACCCAGAGCCUCAGGCCGAAGGAACUCAAGCAGGAAGGAGAUGGAGCUGCAGCCUUGGAGGAGGCUGGAAUGAUGUUGUUGCCGAAUCCUCAAUCGUUUCUUCCUCUUUGUGAUGGAGUGGAACUGAAUCAGGGCCCAAUCGCCUUUGAGGACGUGGCUGUCCAUUUCUCCCCGGAAGAGUGGGCUCUUCUGAAUCCUGAUCAGAAAGUCUUGCACGUGCAGGUCAUGGAGGAGAUUAAUGGGAUUGUGGACUCUCUUGUAGAUAAUGGUGAGAAGAGCCAAGUAUGCACCAAAUGCAGAAAGCAUUUGGGACACAAUAGGGGCUUUCAUACACACCAGCAAACCCAGAAUACAGAUGAAGAUUCAACCAGUGAAAAGCCCUACAAAUGCAAUGUAUGUGGUCAAUGUUUCCCCCAAAAUGUGGCACUUGUGCUUCACAAGACAUAUGAUGCUGGGACAAGCCAUCAUAAAUGGAAAAUAUCAGCAAAAUGUGUGGUUGAUUACAAAUUGCCAGAUCUGUGCCAACAAGAAAUCUUUGAAGGAAAUGAGGAUUUCAUGAGUAAGGAGUGUGAGAAACCAUACAAAUGCAAGGAAUGUGGAAAAUGUUUUGUUCAAAGUUCGUCCCUUGUGAGCCACCAGAGAGUACACACUGGAGAAAACCUAUAUAGUUGCCCAUAUUGUGGGAAAUGUUUUCCUUCCAGUUCAAGCUUGGCGAAGCACAAAAGACUUCAUACAGGAGAGAAGUCAUUCCAAUGCCAGGAGUGUGGGAAUUGUUUUUCUUGCAGUUCAGCCUUGGCGAAGCACAAAAGGCUCCACACAGGAGAGAAGCCAUGCCAGGAAUGUGGGAAAUGUUUUGUUUACAGCUCACAAUUGCUGACCCACAGAAGAGACCACACAGGAGAGGAGCCAUACCAAUGCCAGGAGUGUGGAAAAGGUUUUGCUAACAGUUCAAACUUGUUGAGGCACAAAAGACUCCACACAGGAGAGAAACCAUACCAAUGCCAGGAAUGUGGAAAAUGUUUUGUUCAAAGUUCAUCCCUUGUGAGCCACCAGAGAGUCCACACCGAAGAAAACCCAUAUAGUUGCACAGAUUGUGGGAAAUGUGUUUCUUCCAGUCCAAGCUUGGUGAGGCACAAAAGACUCCACACAGGAGAGAAGCCAUACCAAUGUCAGGAGUGUGGGAAAUGUUUUGCUGACAGUUCAGCCUUGGUGAGCCACCAAAGGCUCCACACAGGAGAGAAUCCAUACCAAUGCCAGGAGUGUGGGAAACGUUUUGCUUUCAGUUCAUGCUUGGUGAGGCACGAAAGACUUCACAGAGGGGAGAAGCCAUACCAAUGCCAGGAGUGUGGGAAAUGUUUUGCUGAAAGUUCAAGCUUGUUGAGGCACAAAAGACUUCACACAGGGGAGAAGCCAUACCAAUGCCAGGAGUGUGGAAAAUGUUUUGCUUCCAAUUCAUGCUUGGUGAGGCACAAAAGACUUCACACAGGGGAGAAGCCAUACCAAUGCCAGGAGUGUGGAAAAUGUUUUGCUGCCAGUUCAGACUUGGUGAGUCACAAAAGACUCCACACAGAAGAGAAUCCAUACCAAUGCCAGGAGUGUGGGAAAUGUUUUGGUUUCAGUUCAAACUUGGUGAGGCACAAAAGAUUUCACACAGGGGAGAAGCCAUACCAAUGCCAGGAGUGUGGAAAAUGUUUUCCUUACAGUUCAGGCUUGGUAAGUCACAAAAGACUUCACACAGGAGAAAAGCCAUACAAAUGCCAGGAUUGUGGGAAAUGUUUUGCUGACGGUUCAGCCAUGCUGAGGCACAAAAGACUCCACACAGGAGAGAAGCCAUUCCAAUGCCAGGAGUGUGGGAAAUGUUUUUCUUCCAGUUCAUAUUUGGUGAACCACAAAAGGCUUCACACAGGAGAGAAGCCAUACCAAUGCCAGGAGUGUGGAGAAUGUUUUGCCCGCAGUUCUUAUUUGGUGAACCACAAAAGGCUUCACACAGGAGAGAAGCCAUAGCAAUGCCAAGAGUGUGAUACAUGUUUUCCUUGCAAAUCAUCACUUCUGCGACACCAGAGCAUCCACACAGGAAAGAAACCAUAGAAAUGUGAGGAAUGUGGAAAAUGUUUUAUUCAGAGUUCAUCCCUUUUGAGCCACCAGAGAAUUCAUAGAGGAGAAAAACCAUCCAAAGUGUUGGACAAAAGUAAUGAAAUGAAUUUCAACAGGGAAAAUGCAGGUUGGGGACAUUCUGGUUCUGUAGACAUUUCAGCAUUUUCCGAUGAACCUGUGUGAUUCUCUUGGCUUCAAGUAGCACUUGGCCUGACUUUGGACUGAUGUCUUAGACAACUCUCUCCUUGGUUUUGAACGCUGUUUGUUUGUUUGUUUUUUUACUUGGGACUGUUUUGGAGAACUCUUUUGCUUCUCUGGAAACUGGUAUCACCAUGGGACUGGACUGUCUUUCCCGUGAUUGGCUUUUGUGGGUAAAGAUCUGAUUUCACACAGAACCCUUUGAGAAGUUCUGCUUAAGAUUUGGUGGAGUCCCUGUUCUUGUCAUUUGAAUCCAUAAGUGGAGGUCCUGUUCUUGGAGCAGUAGAAAGCAACCUCCCUGUUGCAAUUCUUUAGAGGGUUAAAUAUGAUGUCACCUAUUCUGAAGUGGAGCUACAAUGGUGAAAUGUGUUAAACGCUAGUGCCGGCUGGACUGCUGAGCUGAAGGUUGGGUUGCUGACUUGAAGGUGACCAGUUCAAAUCUUCGAGUCGAAGUGAGCUCCCAUCUGUCAGCUCUAGCUUGUGGGGACAUGAGAAAAGCCUCCCAGAAGGAUGUAACACAUCCGGGCAUCCCCUGGGCAAUAUCUCUGUUGACAGCCAAUUCCCUCAUACCAGGAGCGACUUGCAGUAUGUUCUCUAGUUGCUUUUGACAUGAUAAAAGAAACCCUAUUGUUAAAAAAAAUGUAAAUCCAUCAAUUGUUCCUGUUUGGGCUUAGUUUCCAGGUCCUUUACAACCUUGGUUGCAAAUGUCCAGUCUGUGAAUGUUGUUUUUCAGCUGGGAUUCCAGAACUGAACACAGUGCUUCUGUUGAGGCCAAGCCAAAGAAAAAUAUGCUUACACUAUUAUUUCCCUUAAUGUGCAAAUUCUAUUUCUGGCUAGAAUUUACUGUCUGUUUCUCUGCUCCUGGCACACAUACUUUUAAUGUACAUUAAAUUUUUAAAACAACAACAACACAGAAAUCUCGUUAUUUGAGAAUUAACCAUGUUAUCAGAAUUUGAUCUGUUUUGCAAAAUUUUAGUCCCUGGAUCUUAUACGAGAGUUAUCCGGAAAGUAAGACUACAAGAUUUUUAUUAAAAUACAGAGAAUGAAUAUACAGUAAAGUCUCACUUAUCCAACAUAAACGGGCCAGCAAAAUGUUAGGUAAGGAAAAAUGUUAGAUAAUAAGGAGGGAUUAAAGAAAAGCCUAUUAAAUGUCAAAUUACAUUAUGAUUUUAUAAUUUAAGCACCAAAACAUCAUGUUUUACAACAAAUGACAGAAAAAGCAGUUCAAUACAUAGUAACUGUAAUGAAGUGUUGUUGUUUUUUAGUUACAGAUGCCAUGUUUAAUUGUGUUUUAAAAGGGUCAAUAUUUCAGUUACUCUGCACUCAUGAGUGGUUGCCAUGGAGAAGGGGGCGGAGCCAAUAGUCGUUUUGCUAGAGGAGUGCAGGUUUGAAAAAGAGCCAUUAAUUUGUGCCCUUCUGAGGUGCAGAGAAGGUUGAUCCUCAGUGAAGGGAUCAGGGAGGCUCAAAUGUUUGAUUUUGAAUCAGUUUAAAAUAAGUUUGGUGACUUAUUUUAAGAUAGUCUGUUUCCAGAUAAGGAUGUGAUUGUAAUUCACAGGGUGACUGCAGGUUAAAACAGUAGAGAAAGAAGUGGUAUUUUAAAGUUUGAAACACCUCAGUAUAGCUUUGCAACUGUUAUUCAAAGUACCUCUAAAAAGUAGUUAUUGUAACCAUUAAGCUUGUGCUUCAAUAAAUGUGUUAUGUUCUUUUUAACA